AAAACAAACUUAAUGACAAAAAGCUUAAUACUACCAACAAUAAUUUUAAAGUAAAAUCUAAAAAUGUGAGGAAUUUUAAAGAAUGCAAAGAUCCAAUAAUGUUUGAUCCAAUAAGAACUUUACGUCUGUCUAAUAAGAAUUUAAGAAAGCAAAAACUUAAUAAUACGAACACUAUUAAAUAA